CCAAAACAGAACGAAAAAAUCUCGUGAUCGUGUUGAUUCUUAGAAUAACAGCAUCACCCUGACUUAAACCCUGAAAACGUACGCUUCAAUCGGACGAGAAUAAGAUGCGGAUGGGCUAUCAUCUACUAAUACUUAUAUGAGAACCUUGCCCAUUUUCCCAGUCUUUUAGUCCCCUUACCGUUUCAAGGAGCUGAACAGCUCAAUAUUAUUGGUUUUGUCCAGCAUGCCGCUUACUACUGCUGGAAUCUCUUUUGGCCCCUUGCUCGUAGGCUUUGCUAUCAACGCAAUUUUGUACGGUGCGCUGGUCACAUCGGGACUCGUAUAUUUUUCUUCCUUCAAAAAUGACGGUCUAUGGAUACGACUUCUUGUAUCAACCCUUUUGUUGUUGUGCACAGCCAAUGUCAUCCUGCAGUUCGUCUUCUUGAAUGACACUCUCAUUAUUCACUUUGGGGACCAAUAUGCUUUGUCCAGAGCCAACUGGGUUUUCUCAUUAUUACCUGGCAUUUCGGGUAUUGUAUCCUCCCUCGUCCAGUUCUUCUUCGCCUGGAGAAUCCGCAUCCUGACGUCUAGUGUAUGGCCAAUUGGAAUCAUGGUCAUUCUCGCGAGUACUGCAUUCCUUUGUGGCAUCGGGACUACGAUUGCGAUCAAUAUGGUGCCCGUGUUCACCCAGUUUCAUAGGUUCGAAGUCGUAUUUGUCGUCGGCCUUACCUCUUCUGCUUUGGACAACCUCCUGAUUACUGGGUUGCUUGUCCGGUCUCUGCGUGAACAUAAAACUGGAUUCAUGGACACUGAUCAUAUAAUAAAAAAGAUCAUACGAGUUACUCUGCAGACCGGUCUGCUGACAGCAAUAUGGACCCUUGUUGACCUGGCCAUAUAUAUAGCGCUUACCGAUGGCAUGCAUUUGGUCUUCAAUGAAUCUCUCGCGCAAUUUUACACGAUUUCCCUCAUGUCGACGUUGAUAACCCGUCCACGAGACCAUGUUUACACCGACUUCACUGUUGUAAAUGGAGACCAAACUGAGAGAAGGGUUGCCCAAGCUCCCCUUGAAUGCAGAAAUGUUGAUCGGAGGCGCAAUUCAGGGUUAGUUUUUGACGCGGUCAGCUUGAAGAAAUUCGACACAGUACACAUCGGCACGGACACUCAGCAGUGACAUAGCAUUAGAAAUUAGAAUCCGUCAUGUAAUAUAUAUACGCACUGUAUUAUUGACUUUUGCAAGCAUGUAGAUAGAGAACACAUCUGGUCCAUGUUCACGACCAUUCAUGCGCUGUUACAGGCAGCCUCGUGGAUGAUGUA